CUUUUUCUUUAUUUAUUCAUCACAUCAGUUGUAAUUUUCAUUUCACUACCAAUUGUGCCAGGCUAGCACAUGAAAUCACGUGACAAAUAAAAUGUUGAAUCUUGAAACAAAUUAAGCCUAUAGCCCCAAGCCCAACUGCCUUUUCAAUUCCAUCACUGUCACUUUUUUCUUUCCAAAUAUUCUGUAUUUCGCGAGAAACUUCGUACGAGCGAUAAACGUUAACACAGUCAGUCUAGGCGGCCUAUAUCUUCUGAGUGUCGAGGAAGAACUUUUUGAUAUCACUGUUUUGAUAUUUCUGUAGGGUAGGCCUACUGAAUGGAUCGCGUUAUAGUGAAGAUUCCGGACAGAUUCCUGAGCAGAGCCCUUCAGUAGCUUUGCUGUUUGUGACGUUUCAAUUAUGACGUUGUCAAAAUUCUAUUUGAUGUUAGCCUACUUCAAAGUGAUUAAACCCACCAGAAAAAUAAUUGUACUUUGGAGAGCGACUGGCGCGAUAUAUGAUUUUCAUUUUGAGAGUGUAUUCCCUCCAACGAUUUUUCUUCAUGCUUCCAUGUGACUUUGAGACAUGGAACAGAUGGAUAUUUUGACUGAAAAGACCUCUGAGAAGACAGAGGCCCAGGACUUCUCCUGGUGCUGUUUUAAAAAACAACCAUCACACGACUGCUGUGAUAUUACCUCUGAGAAGGCAGAAAACCUGGGGGAAGAAGCCGUUAUAAAGCCACCUGCGGAUAGCCCGAACAGGCAUCCUGGAAAGAAGUGGUGGAGAUGCUUCAAAAAGAAUCGGAUCACUCCUGUUGGAACUGACCAGGGGAUCAACGAUCUGGGAGAAGCAACCUUGAACCCACCUGCAAGUAGCCAGGAACUGCAGCCUCAGAUCAUCCACGAUGGAGCCAAACAGGCCGCAGGCCCCAGCAGUGUAUCUGCAGCACAGGUCUUUGCCCGAUACACAGCAGAGGACGGAAAAGAAGUGGUGAUCUACUACCCGGCACCCCACAACUGUGUCCUGUGCACUAUUCGCCGAAAAAUGAGUAUCUGGAAUAGUUCAGAGAAAGAGGCACAGAUCAUCUCCUGUUGCUGUUUCAAAAAGCAACCAUCAAAUGCCUCCUUGGAUGUUGCUUCUCAGGCGACCAAAGGGCUGGGAGAAGCAGCCGUGAACCCACCUACUGGAAGCCAGGCCGGACAGACUAGAAAAUGGUGGAGCUGCCUCAAAAAUAUUUGGAUGACCCCUGUUGGAACUGAUCAGGCUGCAGGCCCCGGCAGUGCAUCUGGAUCACAGGUCUUCGCCCGACGCACAGCAGAGGACGGACAAGAAGAGGUCAUCUACCACCCGGCACCCCACAACUGUGUCUUCUGCAAAAUCGGGCGUAAAGUGGAGGCCUGGCGAGGCCAUAGAGGCCAGACCGGGCAGUAAAGAAAGGACCUCAGCCCCCACCUCUCCCUCCCUCCUCCCUUAGAGUGAUGCCAGUGCUCCAGUGACCAUUACUUUGGAGAUUAAGGAAAGAGUGUACGAGGAGGUCGAACAAUCCAGGGUUGCGUUUCUCAAAAGCGUACUUGCUAGCCAGUUAGCAACUUCGGUAGUUCCCAAUGGGAAAUUGCACUGCAAACAACUAAGUAGCUAAGAUAGUUAGCAACUAUGGUUUCGAGAAAUGCAACCCAGAUCAGAUCAGAGAGAGCAACAACAAAUACAAAUUAUAAGGGAAAGGAGAGGGGUAUGGCAGCAUCCUGGCAUCAUCACACAGCGGGACUGUGUUCUGGGAACAUGAAGUAGUAGAUUAUUUUCAUGGGGAAAGGCAAAAAAGGCGGGCAAAGGAGAUUGGAAACAUAAAGACAUUUCAGAUUAAUGUGUGGGGCGCAAGGAAGGCAAGCAUGGCGACUGGUAUUCCGAGUCGAGGUUGUCUACAAUAGAUUCCCAAUUGAUAUAGAAAAUGCACACAAUCAAGGAAAUAAUAUAAGAGCGAAGAGAGAGAACAGCAGUGCAUUGGAUGGGAGAGGUUGCAGAGACACAAGAGUCUCUCGCUAGAUAUUGAACAGAGGAGAGGAGUUCAGAUCCAACCCUGGUGCAACUAGAUGGCUAGUGGUUCGGACACCAGCGUCAACUGACCAAGGCCCUGUUCAGCUGAAGUCAACGAAGAGGAAACGACCCCGAAUGAAAUCUCCAAAGCAAUCCUAAUAAACACUUACAUAACUUUA